GAUUAAAUAGAAACAAAGAUUCAGAAUCAAAUUUCUUUUGGAAUAAAAAUGGUGAAAGGAAAAAUGAAUCCCCCUAGAAAAGAUGAUACAAUUACAGAUAACUACCAACAAACACGGCGUCUUGAAGCUCUUGAACUGCUUUGACAUGGAUUGUGAGACACCAUGUUCAUUCAAGUUUGCUGAUGAUAAGAUUAUAGAGUCUACACCGGCAAAGCUGGCUGGUAUAUUUUGCAUGCAGAGGAUUGGAAGCAGAAAGGGUCAGAAGCUGUUAAAGUACUAUUGUCCUAGUGAUUUGACUGACAAUGUUUUAUACAGCAAAUACUUCACCGAUAUCAAAUCUACAAAGCAUCAGACGACGGUGACUAAGACGAACAUUUUAGAGAAGAUAAAACAACUUAUGGCAAAAAGGAGAAAAAGUGGGAAAAGAAAGAAAGUUGAUGAAAAGGAUCUAGUUUGCCUGAUAGGUCUUUAUCUUUGCUGUGUAUUGUUUUUUGGCGACAAAAAUGCCAAUGGAGUGAACGCGAAAUAUCUUAGUAUCGUUGAAACUUAUGAUACGGUGCUCAAGGUGUCGUGGCCUGAUUUAAUACACGAGCACUUGUUUGAAGAGAUUCAUACUAAUCUUAGUUGUUUGUCAAAUGUGAAGGCUUGUGUGCAAUACCUACUGUUAUUGUUUGCUGAACACACGCCAGCAGGAUUAAUCCCGAAAGUUGAGAACCACGAGGAAGAUAUCCCGAGGGUUGGGAGAUGGGAUAUAUACCAGAUUUCUGAUUACAUUUGGAAAACAGACAUGACACAGUUUUCGCCAACUCCUAGCUUUGUGGCUGAGUUUUCACAGCUUGAGAAGCAGCUGGGUAUAUCAACCGUGGUACCCAGCAAGGACGACCUGCAAAGUUGGCUGAAAGCGCAAACUAUUGAGAAUAGCCAUCUGAAAGAGCAACUGCAAGAAAAGCAAGCAAUGCUUAAAGCAGUGUAUGCAAUUGCAAGAGAAGGGAUAUCAGAAGGGGACCUUUCAGGAACAGCGGAAUUCAAGGUUCACAAAUUUAGUUGCCAAAUUAUGCAAGCAAUGGGUAUUGAUCCUUACAAAGUGACCCAGGAAGAGUUUAUGCAACAUGAAGAUGAUGUACAUGGAGGUACUGAGCAUGGAGCUACUGAGCAUGAAGAAGAAGAGUUACAAUUAGUUGAGACAGAGCAACAAGGAGAUGGAAGUACUGAGCAAGAGAAAGAGAAAGAUGAUGCGGAAACUUCCUUCAAUGAAGAAUUUCCAUGUAUGAGCCUUGCAGCUGGAAAUACGCCAACAAUUCUGCAAGCUCAAACUGCUGCAGAGGGGCACAAAAGACCACUCAGGACAUAUAGUUCGAGUAUGAAGAGUGUGACAACUUGCAAGACUCCACCAAAGAAAAGGCCUGUCGCAAAGCAAAAGCCCACUCCUACAAAUAAUGUUGAUGAGGAGCAGAAGAAAGAUGUUGAAGAGACACCUGUUACGGAUGAGGCACAGAAGAAAGCUGCAGAUGGUGGAGUUGUGGAUGGGGCAGGUGAUGAUGUAGCUGCAAAAGCCAGGUGA